AUGGUUUACAGUAAACCAAACCCUACAACUGGCGCCAUGAAGCGAUCCGCUUCAGCCCUCGAAGGACCUCCCGGAUGGGACGUUGCUCCUCCCAUGAUGACGCAUUCUCGCUCAUCAUUCCGUCCUCCUUAUACACACUACGCCAUGAUCUACCUCGAUCAUGACGGCAAGCUCAAGGUCGACGAGUCUUCAUCUAUUCAGGAACACAACGCGACUGUGUUCAGCCCAGAAGUCCGCCAGAACUUCCUCGAGAUUCUCGGGGAACGCAUUGGCUACCAUGCACCCCCUCGCCAGACAGUAGACGCAUCUCCCCGCCGGGUGAGGCGCCGCAAAGGCAAUGCUCCCUCUAUUUCCGAGGACCGUCUCUCUGAGCAGGCUUCCGACAGUGAAGACUUCUCUAAUGGCUCCACUGAAAUGGUUCCUCUCCGCAUUGGAGACAGCCAGAAGGUUAUGGCUUACUACGAGGGUGCCCUCAAGCACUUCCAACAACUUAACUGCCGCAUGGUUGCCAAGGCAUUCAUCAAGUUCAUCGAGCCUCGCAAGCAGGUCCGACACCCUUACAACGGUGGCAAGCCUCCACCAGGAUCUGCCCCCGGCACCACCGGUGACCCAGAGAAGACGAAGCCCGAGUGGUGGCCCCCAGGUGUCAUGCACAAGGAGCCUGACCACCUGCGCAAAGAGUACCGCAUUGAGCUUCUCCUUCACAUCAUCCGUCAUCUCGGUAGCUACGGUAUCACUGCCGACAAGCUCAAGGAAGUCGCUGGCGACACCAAGCGGAGCUUGAAGCACCCAUCCCACGUCGAGAUCAUCUAUGAGAUCCUUCGUGUCCGCAAGAUGGAAGAGCGCCUCGAGCGCGGCGAAGUCGACUCCAACAUGAUUGUCUACACCAUGAACCGUGGCCCCAGCCCCAAGGGCGACGAAGAAGAAGAGUCCAACGACGCACCCUCAGUAACAAUCGAGGAGCCCGAGCACAACGUACAAGGGCUCAUGACGCCCAUCUCCUCAGUUGAGCAAGUAACCGCCGCCCUCACAACACCCAUCGAUACCCUCCCCGCCACCCGCUCCCUCCCAGGCAGCUUCUCCAUGCCCGAGCCUCUCAGCUUCGAAGGACCCCGCCAGGACCGCCCCUACUACACCACGCCACCCCAAUACACAGACUCCUUCUCCUCACAGCCAAUGCUCAGCACUCCCGUAACAGCGGAGAUGAUCAGUCCCCACGACGUCUCCGUCUUCGACUACUCCAGCCACAACGCCUUCCCAACCUCCACGCCUGACCACCAACGCGCCGGUCAUUACGACCCCUGGGCUCCUGCACCCACAUUCCGCCAGAACAUCUUCGGCACUGUCGACUACAACGCCGCACCAUCCAGCCAGCCCAUGUCCCAGCCUUCAAUGAGCUACCACAUGCCCAUGGCUCCUCACCACAUGCACGACAUGUCACAGUCUCAUGUUGAUCAACGAUCUCUGCCUUUCCGCACGGGGUCGCUAGGCCAUCCCCAUCCUAACGGCUUGCCUCUUUCCCACGCUGUCUAA